AUGUUUGGUCUGCCGACGUUCACCAUCGAUACAUACAAUGAAUGGGAAGGUGUAAACCGUGCCAGGCCUGUUCAUCUCGAUACAGAUAGUCGCCAGGGAAAUCUAAGUCAUUCAAGACGAAAUGGAGGCCACCUGAUACAUUCCAGGAAGGAUAUUCCCCUGGCACCGCCGUUGGCUUCGUACUUGCCUAAUGCUCCAGGACCCAGUGCUUUCCAUGAGGAAUACAUGAUGGGAGGGCAAGGAGGAAGGAUAUCGGGACAGAACGCUUCUUCUGUUCUUACUCCAUCGAUGGCUAUGAAGUUGGAUAAACUACGUCUGAUACGUGCAACUGGGUACUAUACGCUAGCGCCUAUAGGUAUCAAUAAGACCAUGGCUCAGUUGGACUACGAAGCUCAAGAAAUGGAGGAUGAAGAUUGCAAUGUGGCACAAGCCGAAAAUCUGAAUGCUAAUGUGUCUACUUCUAUUUAUCAGGAUGCACCUUCGGGUAUGCCUGAUGCUAGUGCUGAACAGGAUCUAGAUGCUGAUAUUGAGGAUGCUGAUGCCUCGGGCAGUUUCCAGGCAUCGUCGGACCUUUCUGAAGAUGAAGCUAAUAUUGUUGGUCAAAGCGACCUUCGCGAUGCUGGGCCAGUGUCCCACGACUCUAUGACUGAUACUCAGGUUAUCUCUGCUGGUUUGGGUAGAUCUGGGCCAGUGACGAUCCUGACAGAAGAUACCAGUGAAACUUCAGCACCUCUUCCGAAUUGUGAGGCGUCAGAUGUGGAUAUGGUCAUUGAGGAUGAUUAG